AUGCUGCGCUCGCUGCUCCGACCACCAGCCGCGCCGUUGAGGGCGCGCACAUAUUCCGUAUUUUCAUCCUCCAACGGCGGCCGGUACUUCACCCCCUCAAAGAAGGUCGUCACUCCCGCCGCCAAUGCGCCUGCCGCCGAACAGAAGCCCGAGGCUGCCGAUACUAGUGGCCCGAGCGACGUACCGCAGCCGUCGACGUCAACGCCGACCCUGGCGCUCUUCACUUCGUCGCUGAACGCGCCAGCGUAUCCGCCCUUAUCUGCGGGAGACCUCCGCCUCCACCAGUUCUUCUCCUUGCACGCGCCCCUCCAACUCCAGACACCCACAUCCUCGCUCUUCUCCCGCGCAGAGUCCGACGCCGCGUGGGCAUCAUGGACGGGUGCCGACGCCCUGCCGGACACGGAGGCGGACAUGCCUUUCAUGCUGGACAGCACUGCAGAGGCCAGCCCAGAGGCAGACGCGGACGCUGCGCGCCAGCUGGCACGUGCGGUAGCAUUGCACCGAGCCGGUGCCGCCGCUUCUUGGAAUGCGACACUCGAGCGCCUAGGAUUGCCGACAGAUGCCGAUGAAGCCGUCAUGAGCGCCUUUGAAGACGCGGUACAGAUGGACUCGGUCAGGCGCAAGCGCAGGAAAAAGAUGAAGAAGCAUAAGUUGAAGAAGCGCCGCCGGUUGCUUCGCAUGCAGAAGGAGAGGAUGCAGAAGUGA